AAUCCGUGGUUGAAGAAGCACCGAUCUUUUUUUUGUUGUUGUUGUAAAACUAGCAAAAGUAAAGUUGGCAGCUGAAUAUAAAACGUUCGCAUUUUUUUUAGACCAGCGACAAAGUUUGAUGCUCAGGAUGAUGUCAUGGGGAGUGCUUGUCGGUCUAGUGGUGGGACUUCUGCUGGCAAACAAUGCGCAUGGUUAUCCGAAAGCAAAACCCUGUGACGCCUCUCCUUAUCGCAAGGAUGGCCGUGCAUGCGGCGGUGCGGAGGCGGUGAGCCUCGAGCUGUACGCGGAGUCCCUGUGUCCCGGGUGUCGCGCCUUCACCACGGGGCAGCUCUACGGCACGUGGCUCCUCCUGGGGGACAUCAUGAACGUCACCCUGGUGCCGUACGGCAAUGCCCAGGAGAAACACGACGGAGAUCAGUGGGUGUUCACGUGUCAGCACGGCCCCCAAGAAUGCCUUGGGAAUCUGCUGCAGGCUUGCCUGAUCCACUACUUGCCGAACAAUGCCGAUCAUUUGCCCAUCAUCUACUGCAUGGAGGCAGCAGAAGACCCCGUCUCAGCUGCAUCCCAGUGUGCGGCCUUGUUGGCCCCAACGCUGAACUGGCAACAGGUUGAGACGUGUGCCAAUGGCACUCUGGGCAACCAGCUGAUGCACAGCAACGCCCAGCUCACAGACGCCCUCAACCCUCCUCACAAAUACGUCCCCUGGAUCGUCUUCAAUGGGGCUCACACGGAGGAUAUCCAGAACAAGGCAAUGGAGGCACUCCUUCCGAUGGUUUGCAGUGCAUACAAGGGCGAACUGCCAGUAGCCUGCGGAAAAUAAGGACCUACUUCUCAACACAAGCCUUGGACAUUCACCCACCAUGGACCAUUUAUAACCCAAACUUACUCUUCACUCAAAAUGCACAUGAAACACUUGAACGCGAUAAAACAAAAUUUUACUUUUAAAUAAAUUUUGUGGGGGAUAGUUGUGUGGGGGUGGGGUGGACAGUGGGUUAAGGACAGUAUGAAUAUAAAUAAAUCAUGUACAGAUACCUAAAUGCACUUUUGGUAUUGUGUCAUAUUGAAAAUGUUUUAUUGUGUUAUUUCUGCUAUGAUUGCUUAGAAUUAAUGUUAUGUUUAAAAUUACAGUAAACUGGGCUUUAGACCAGUUGCUACUUACAGCCAGUCACGUUAUAUGUUGGUAAAGCUUUAAUUGUUGUCAUUGUUUGGAAAUGUAUACACGGAAUUACAUGGAACCUUUUUUGCAAAGUAGAUAUAAUUGGUCUUACGACAUCUGUUGUAAGAAUUGGCCGUGUGCUUUGCUCGUCUAAUUGAUUUAAACAUGUUCGUACACAACUAUAGUUACAUGGGUGUCCUCUCUUCAAAAAAGGCACCUGAAUAAUGAUUCACCUUUUAAAUAAAGAUGACCGGAGUUGAAUGA